CUUCAACACUUCUCCAGGAGCCGGAAACAAAACAAGUCUGUCAUGUGAUUUUCUGCUCGUGCCCGUUUUUGCCUCUUGUGUGUAACACAGCUAGCUAUUAGCUGGAUAUAAAGUAUAUUCAACAGUAUUCAAAGAAGAGCGGCCUGGAUACCACGACCAUACAUCGGCUAACAUGGCUGAUGAUUUGAAGAGAUAUCUGUACAAACAGCUGCAAAGUGUUGAAGGUCUUCAUGCUAUCGUAGUGACAGACAGGGACGGUGUCCCAGUUAUCAAAGUUGCCAAUGACCACGCCCCGGUCCAGGCUCUGAGACCCGGCUUCUUGUCCACUUUUGCUCUGGCCACAGAUCAGGGCAGCAAGCUCGGCCUCUCCAAGAACAAGAGCAUCAUCUGCUACUACAACACCUACCAGAUUGUGCAGUUCAAUCGGUUACCACUGGUCAUCAGUUUUAUUGCCAGCAGCAACUCCAACACAGGGCUGAUCAUGAGUCUGGAGAAGGAGUUGGCUCCACUAAUAGAGGAGCUGAGGCAGGUGGUGGAGGUGACAUAAGCUCUGACGGACAGGACCACCCUGAGCACAACCCCAUGAUCACAUAAUGGUGCAUUGAGGGCCAGUGUGAACACCUGUCUGGUGGUUUUUACAGUUUCAAGUAACCACAUCUUUAUCUGUUUACAUGUUUGGACUUUCCGGUUCACUUUUUGUUCUGUUGACUUUGCUUUCUUCCAUUUUCUGUAGAUAUUAGGUGCUUCUCAUCAGAGUUCUAAUGUCUGAAUAAAUGUCUCUUUUAACACCUA